AAUUAUAGAAAUGGUUAUUCAACGCAGCUGGAAAAUACUCAGCGAUGCGGCGAGCACGGCGCAUAAUGCCACAACUAGCGAAAGUCAACAGCGGUCGCCCGCUGUGCUGCAAGCAAACAACAACAGUUCCAGCGAUGACUCGGAUUGCUCGAAUCAAACCACACAUUCAAUGGACACACGCGUCGCCAGUCCGGCCAAGCAAUUGGAAACAGAGAAGCCUGCAGAGACAAAUAUUUUGGAUAAUUCAAAAUUUGUAACCAACACAGAGAUGGCGGAGACCAUGCUGCAGCGCAUUAAGCAACGCUAUAGUGGUGCACAUAAUUUGGAAAGCGGCGGCAGCGCGGAGUCAGCUAUGCGUGCCUUGGAGUUGUUGAGAAUCAGCGUUCAGCAGUCUUUUGAUUCGGAGAUCAAUGCCAUCAUUAAACGAUACAUGACUAAUUAUUUUAAGCCCGCUUUUGGCAACAUUAAGGAGAAUCUAGGCCAACAUGCCAUCAAUGAGGAAGCCCUACAAAAAAUGAGCUCCUGUGCGCUGUUGGAAAACGCCAAGGCACAGUACACAAACUUUGUGCUACGACAACAACGUCCAACAGCCAGUGUUGCCAUGAACACAACUAUCACGGAGCAGCAGCGUCUGGGGCUUAAACGACAAGCAAAGGCAAGUGAUUUUGUGCCGAACAAGCAAUAUGCCAACAACUUUGCUUAUGCCAUGGGGAAGUCUAUAGCGCAGCUGCCAAACGAGCAGCAGCAGCAGCAACAAUUACCACUGGCACAGCAACAACAACAGCAACAGCUGCAACGUCCGCCGUUAAGUGGAAUGUUGCCGACGCCAGUACGUCGUCAAAUCUUUUGGAACACUGCGCAAAUCACCACCAGCACCAAAUUCGUGUUAGAUGUGCAAGCAAACCUUGCGUUUGGUUUUAGCAUUGAUGGCAAGGAAAUGGGCGGCGCCAGACUGGCCAGCAAACAUCCUGAGAUUAUACGUUAUUUGCCCGAUGCAGAGGAUCGAGAAUGGCUGUCUAAUCGUGGCAUUAUACCAGCUGAUAGUCGCAGCUCACGUUUCCUCUUUCUGAUUUAUGACGAAGUCUGUCGACUGCAGCAGACUCACGAACUCUAUCGCAACCAGACUAAUAUUGAUCUCAGCAUGAUGUUAACAUUUAGUGUGACCGAGACGAUGAUACAGAAGAUGAAACUUUUUUUCGUGGAUUUGAAUAUCAAAAGUCGUGGACUGAUAACCAACUCCUUCAUCGUUGCCACCAAUCAACAACAAUUGCAUCAACAACAACAACCUCCACCACCACCACCACUACUACAGCAGCAACAAUUGCCCAGCAGUAACAAUAGUCACCUCAGAAAUGCGCUCCUCCAAGGUGCACCCGUACAGCAGUCUACAAGCACACCAAAUUCAACUGCUGUCGUUGCUACAACUGACGAAACUGUCAAUGUGCCCAAGGAGUUGCCUCCGCCUGCUGCUUCACCCUGUCUGCAAGGCACUGUUGUCGGCAGCAGCACGACAACGCCUCAAGUCAUCAAUAAACUGAUUGUUGGCAAUUCAACGCUAAGUUCUUCACAUGCCACGCUCACGGCGCUGCUGAAUCAGAGUGGCACUCCAGCGGCGCCUUCCGCUACUAACGCCAAAUUUCGUAAUUAAGAUUCUAGUCAAGUAGUAUAACUUUUUGCUUAAGCUGUUCUCAUAUCUGUUAGACUUACAUUUAUC